GCCAUACUGAUGUCGUCAUGCGCUGAAGAUGGCAGACGGGGAAGGAGGAUGGUGGGGAGGCUGGCUGACACACAGCUUCCAGGCCGUUAAAGACAAGUCAGCUGAGGCGUAUGAGUUUAUCAAACGGGACCUGACAGAAUUCUCCAGCGUGGUCCAACAUGACACGGCAUGCUCCGUUGUUGCAACAGCGAAUGCCAUUAAGAGCAAACUGGCAGUGGAAAGUUCAUCAGAAGCCACGGAAAAGGUGAAGAAGGGCAUUUCGAAUAUUCUGGGUGUGAUUACAGACACUUUAGCCCCUCCCCCAGACAAGACCAUUGACUGUGAUGUCAUCACGCUGGUAGCCACUCCAGCAGGCACAACAGAGGUGUAUGACAGCAGCAAGGCUCGACUCUACAGUCUUCAAGCGGACCCUGCUACAUACUGCAAUGAGCCUGAUGGCCCUCCACAGCAGUUUGAUGCCUGGUUGUCCAGUUUCACACUGGAAGAGAGAAAAGCCGAGAUCUCUGAACUGCUGGUCAACAGUCCCGCCAUAAGAGCUCUUUAUACUAAAAUGGUGCCAGCGGCAGUGGCUCAUUCAGAGUUUUGGCAGCGGUACUUCUAUAAAGUGUUCCAGCUGGAGCAGGAGGAGGCCAGAAGGGUAGCGCUAAUACAGAGAGCAGAGCAGACGGAUCAUUCUGAGAGCCUUGGUUGGGAGGAAGAGGACGAAGAAGGUGAGUUUCUUGGGGCCACGUCUUCAUCUCGCUUAGAUUUCACACCGCCUGUUGAAGAAGCGCGAGUCCCCUCGGUAAGGAUAGAGACCACCCCUGAAAGCUCCUCACCCCCUCAAGUGGUGGUUUCUACAAGCAACGUAGCAUCAGACGUCACUCCCUCCGUAAGCAGCGACAGCGUCAGCCUUCCCACCCAGAUCGAGAACCAAGCGGACUCUGUCACCAUCAGAGUCACACAGCCAUCGCCCGCUGCAGAUGAGGUCUCUCAGAAACUCUCAGAGGCCAGUCUACAGGAGACAUUCCCAGAGGAGCGACCCACACAGCGCGAAGAACCUGCCAGAGAGGAUGUAGCUCAAGAUCUCAGAGUGUUUGAGCUCAACUCAGACAGCGGCAAAUCCACACCCUCCAAUAACGGCAAGAAAGGUUCAAGUACAGAUGUGAGUGAGGACUGGGAAAAGGAUUUUGAUCUGGAUAUGACAGAAGAGGAGGUUCAGAUGGCUUUGUCUAAAGUAGACGCAACAGAAGAGUUGGAAGAUGAGGACUGGGAGAACUGGGAGUGAGAAUCUGGUGGAGGGAAUUCUGGCUCGAUAUCGACGUGAGACGUUGCUGUUCCCAAAGUGAACCAUGCUUAAUAUAUAUAACUUCUAGUCUACGGCCACACCUGCUCAUUCAACCAGUCGAGUGAGCGGAUCACCUCCUGUGAAUGAAAUUUACAUGCUAGCUAAACACGUGUCCACCAAGCAGUCAUCUGAAGUGAUGAGGUGAUCUGGUCUCACUCUGGCUGUCCUAAAAAUGACCUGCGGUGAAACACUAAGACUGAUUAGAGGAAGCAUGUAUCAGUUAAUAAGGAGAGGUCAUCUCGCAAUGCCAUUUGUACCUGCCGUAUGUACAUUAAUGUUAUUCUUCUUUGGAGAUUUCAGUGGGAGAAUGCAAAUUAACUGCCAGGGCUCCUGAUUAGCUGUAAUCUAUAAAGUUGUUCAUCAUUCUUAUAGGAUUAGAAAAUAAUCCUUCACAUGAUAAAUAUAUGUAAGUUAUGUUUCAGUUUUUUUUUUCUCUGGCAUAUAGGCUUCUUUUUGUUUUUUUGAAUUAGCUUCUCUUGAGAUACUAACACCUUUAAUCUUAUGCAAGUUUCUCUAGCAUUGAGAAUUGAAAUGGACAGAUGCUUCAUUCAUUCUGCUGAUGCUCCAUGGCCUUGUUCAGUGUUGUGUGGAUUGAAAAAAAUGUCAUGCAAAAGUUACAAAAAAAGUACUUUCACUAAAUGCACCUCUUGUUC